UAGCGCGGCGGUCAAGGAAGCUUAGCUUGUGCGUGUUUAUGCGCACCAAAUUCGUAUUGUUUUAUUACGAAUAAUAUUUAUUCACUGAUGUGGAAUAAACAUUUGCAGCUCGGACAGCUUAAGCUCGAAUUCCAACGUCUCGUUGCAUCUUGAUCGCGCGCUCUUGCUGAGAUGUCUGGUUGCCAGGGCAACAGCGGCAGCAUCACGGGGCUGCUGGGUGCGCUCUGCGACUGCGGCCUCUCCGGGUUGUCAUGGAAACGCCGGGCUCUGGGCGCAGCAUCCCGGGAGUCUGCUCGUCGGUCCCUGCGCAAGCGUGCUUACGGUGCGCUUCUCGCUGGACUCUUCCAGGAUGGGUCACCCAAAACGCCACCGAACGCCCUGGCGAACACACCCGCCCAUAAUAAAAUACUGAUGAUCUCGUUCGACCUGCGCGUGUCUGGCCACAAUGAGGAGGCGGAGAGGUUGGAGGAGCUCCUGAGUCAGCUACGGGACAGGGCGGACUCCUCGGGACUGUCCGAACUCGAUUCUGUCCUGGAGCUCCUGGUGCAGCUGGCCGGGUCCGUGGCACCUCCCCCUCUGUCUUUCAGUCGUGACUAUAUGCGCCGGGAACGUCCCGUGCAGCGCAGACCGCCGUUGGGCGGGUACCUGAGCCGGGACAUGCAGCGGCUGGAGGAGAGGGCGUGGUCUUUGAUCUGUGGUGAGGAAUGGGGCGUUUUUGGGGGCAUCUGUAGGACCCUGAGCAUCAUGGAUGCUCCGCCAGGCACUGGGCUGCUCGGACUGGGACGCAGACAGGAUACCGAGGAGAAGUUUGAAAGAGAGACCCGACUGUCGCUCUUUGGUGCCCUACAGCACUCCAGAACAGCAGAUAUGGACGUCCGUCUGGACCUGCCGCCCGUUCCAAGCAACGCAGACCUUACUGGACUCAGUAUACGGGUUCCUCUGUGUCUGGAUCAGUCUGACGAUGAAGGCUUUCAGUCCGCCUCUAAUCUGACUCCAGAUUCCCAAUCCGAGCCGAGUCCCAGCCCUGAGAUCGACGUGUGGGAGGCCCUGCGGACAUUCGUGCCUGGAAGACGACGCUGUUGGGAGAACAUUGGCUGCCCGCCGGGUCAGAAGGAACCUCCGUACCUGACAGAGGCUGGCAGAGAGGCGUUUGAUCAGCUGUACCGACUGUGGGAGGGAGAAAUGAGGAACAUUCUGUCCACACAGACACCAUCACCGCUCCUGCCGCUGCCGCUGGACUGUCAGAGUCAGCUGGUCAAAGACGUGCUCAACGUGCUGAUCGGGGUCUCCUCUGUCACGUUUCCACUCAACGAGGCUAGUGUGCAGUUUGAUGUUCGUCCGGAUAUAUGUGUGUCCGGGACGUCCCCUGAGAGUGUGUCUCGGCUGCUGGGUGAGCUGGCGCUGUACGGCACACACUACCUGCGUCUCAGCCGCUUCUCCCUGAGCAGCACGAGUCAGAAGGGACUCGUCUUCCAGGCCUUCACAGGUGGGCUGCGGCGUUACCUGCAUUACUACAGAGCGUGUGUGCUGAGCACGCCAGCCUCUCUCAGUCUCCUAACUAUUGCUUGUCAUUUCCGCAAACUGGGGCGUCAGCUCAGGUAUCUGUCAGAACUGUGUUGUGUGGAUGGAAUCGGAGGCGUGGGACGAGCGACUUUCCCCGUGGGUGUAAAGCUGCUGUCGUGUCUGUAUAAUGAAGCUCAGAGUAACUGCAGUAAUGAGAAUCAUCCGGUGCUGCUGUCACUGCUGAAGAGCAGCUGUGAGCCGUACACACGGUUUGUUUCAGACUGGGUGUACAGUGGCAUCUUCCGUGAUGUAUAUAAAGAGUUUAUGAUCGAGGUCAAUGAGGAUUAUCUGACCUACAGAGAUAAGAACUUUUGGACGCAGGGCUACACUCUGAUUUCGUGUGAUGCAGAGGACUGUGUGCCGGUGUUCCUCAAACACAUCGCCAAUGACGUCUACGUCUGCGGGAAAACAAUCAACCUGCUGAAAAUCUGCUGCCCACAGCACUACAUCUUCUGGUCAGAUGUACCAGUGCCCAGGAUCGCGGUGACAUUUUCCCUGCAGGAAGUAGAGGAGAUUGAGAGAGACUGUGCGGUGUAUCGCGGACGAAUGGAGACGAUCGCUAGGCACAGCGCCAUCAGCAGAGAGGAGCAGGCUAUGCGGACUGAACAGGCCCGACAGGAGCUCAUUAAUCAGGUCAGAGUGUCAGCGGCCAAGACCCUGGAGAAAAUCAGAGGUCACCAGGUGUCGCAGCGUCUGGCAGAGGAGGCCCAGAAGAGAGAGCGAUUUGAAGAGAUGAAACAGCAGCUGGAGCUCGACCAGGAGUGGCGUAGUGCUGUGAGACUGAAGGAGCAGGAAGACGAUUUCGGUUAUGCUCGAGAGCUCAGAGACCGUGAGCAGAGGCUGCAGGCCCUUGAGGAGCAGCUGGAGCGCAGGGCACGGAUGGAUCUGAUCACUCAGUACAGUCAGUUAUCAGAAGCCGCUGCAAGACGAGAGCUCAGAGCCAUGUGGAAGGUGCAGAGGAUGAAACUCGACGAGCGCAGAGUGAACUUCCUGCAGCAAGAACAACAGAAUGUACAGGCUCUUCUGGAGAAGUUUCCUUUAGGUCAGGAGGGCCCCCCUCCAGAAAUAUCCCAAAUGCUACAACCUGCACAACUACACGCUGAGCUCUCUGAGCAGCAGAAUCCACGAGAACAGCAAACAGCAAAUCCUCCUCUCACAGAAUCCUUUGCUCCUCCCUGCUCUCCUGCCAUUGGUGAAACUCAAGCUCUUAAAUCAGAGGAAAUUGACAUUGCUGACUUCCUCCCGAAGCCUCCAUACGUCCCUGAUAGUGGUGCCGUGACCCAGGCCCUCCACAACAAUGGAUCCGACCUCCUGCAAUCCCCUCAGAAACCCCUCCCACAGCAUCCACACCCAUCGACCUCCCACAUAUGCGUUGGUGAAAACGUUUCGGAAUUCCUGGAGUCUGUCCCCGUUCCUAAUAUAAAUGGACAGGCGUCCAAGUCCAGCUUCCUAUUGGGUCAGUUCACUUCAGAGGUGCCAGCAGGUCAGCCGAAGGCUAGUGUUCAUGGACACCCUUCACAGAGCUCCGUGCAGCUGGGAGGCUCCACUGCCUCAGGGCGGAACAAGGGCCCAAUACGCUCUAAGUCAAACACCCCUGCACAAACUACUCAAGAGCGAACAUGUGAGGCAGAGAGCGAUAGCCAGUGUACAGAAAAACAACCGACUGGAGAUGAGACGGGAACACAGCCCUUGGCGGCCAGCACAGGUUCAGAGCCAAAGCAAGCCGCCCAGGAGCCAACAGAGGAAGCCAAGUCCUGUGAGAGUGUCAGCCAGCCCUCUCACUGUUCUCAGCCAGAGCAAGAACAAUCUGUGUCUCUUCUCAGAGGCUUCCAUGAGUCAGAGUCCGAUUCUGAUACAAGAAAUAACAGCCAUGCCUCUGAUGCCCAUAUAAGCAUUGGCGAACAUGUUUCCAAGGUAACCACACCCAUCCCCACACCUAACAUCCAUGGUCACGCCUCUGAUGCCCAUAUAAGGAUUGGGGAGCAUGUUUCAGAGGUAACCACUCCUCUUCCCACACCUAACAUCCAUGACCACACCUCUGAUGCCCAUAUAAGGGUUGGCGAGCAUGUUUCAGAGGUAACCAGUCCUCUUCCCACACCUAACAUCAAUGGCCACGCCUCUGAUGAAAAUAUAAUGGUUGGCGAUCGUGUUUCUAAGGUUAUCACUCCUCUUCCCACGCCUAACAUCCAAGGCCACUCCUCUGAUGCCCAUAUAAGGGUUGGUGAACAUAUUUCUAAGGUUAUCACUCCUCUUCCCACGCCUAACAUCCAAGGCCACUCCUCUGAUGCCCAUAUAAGGGUUGGUGAACAUAUUUCUAAGGUUAUCACUCCUCUUCCCACGCCUAACAUCCAAGGCCACUCCUCUGAUGCCCAUAUAAGGGUUGGUGAACAUAUUUCUAAGGUUAUCACUCCUCUUCCCACGCCUAACAUCCAAGGCCACUCCUCUGAUGCCCAUAUAAGGGUUGGUGAACAUAUUUCUAAGGUUAUCACUCCUCUUCCCACGCCUAACAUCCAAGGCCACUCCUCUGAUGCCCAUAUAAGGGUUGGUGAACAUAUUUCUAAGGUUAUCACUCCUCUUCCCACGCCUAACAUCCAAGGCCACGCCUCUGAUGCCCAUAUAAGGGUUGGUGAACAUGUUUCUGAGGUGACCACUCUCAUCCCCAUGCCCAAUAUCCAUGGCCAUGCCUCUGACAGCCAUAUAAGGUUUGGUGAACAUGUUUCUGAGGUGACCACUCCUCUUCCAAUGCCUAACAUCCAUGGCCACGCCUCUGACGCCCAUAUAAGGGUUGGUGAACAUGUUUCUGAGGUGACCAAUCCUCUUCCAACACCUAACAUCCAUGGCCACGCCUCUGACGCCCAUAUAAGGGUUGGUGAACAUGUUUCUGAGGUGAACAAUCCUCUUCCAACACCUAACAUCCAUGGCCACGCCUCUGACGCCCAUAUAAGGGUUGGUGAACAUGUUUCUGAAGUGACCAAUCCCGUCCACACCGCUAAUAUUCACGGCCACGCCUCUGACGCCCAUAUAAAGGUGGGUGAGUUUGUGUCGGAUGUUGCCUCCUCUCUGCCACGUUGGAGCAAAUAUGGUCAUUCCUCUGACAGCACCCUUAAAGUGGGUUGUGUGAUGCCCGAUGCUGCCCCAUCACCCACCCCUCUACCUGGCAGCUCUUUCGGUCAUACAUCUGACUCCACAUUGACAGUCGGGUGUGUUGUCUCAGGCGUAGAUCCUCAACCCUCUCCGUUACCUGGCAGUGCGUAUGGACAUUCCUCACAGUCCACCUUGGGUAUCGGGUGUGUGGUUCGUAGGACUGAAACCACUCGACCCAGCUCUCUUUACAGCGGUGCCCACGGGCAUUCGUCAGACUCUGCUCUGGGUAUGGGCUGCAUGGUUGGCGGGGUGGUGCCAGGGAGUUUGUACGGUGACAGGCCACCAUCCAAAUCUGACAGAACAUCAGAAGAUGCAGAAAAUCCAGCCAACCCAGACAUCCAGGCACCCCCUAGUGAGCUGUUCUCCCUGGAUGAGGGACUGUCUGCCUGGGCUCUGGGACUGGGAUUGUCCCCUAAAGAAAGUCCAGAGGAUCGUUAUCUUCUCAGCCUAGCCUUACAGUACCAAGUGGAGCAGUACCAGGACUCGUACGGCCUGAUGACUGCGGCUCCAGACUCUGAGCUGCUACUGCAGGUGACGUGGGGUCCGAACGGCCUUCCUGUAGACCCGUCCCUGCACCGGGCCACCGACGUCACUGCUGUUCAGCUCAACGAGAUGAUGCCACUUCCUGUUCUCAUGAAACACUCAGUUACAACACCACUGAUUACACAUGUGUCUAUGGUAAAUAAGGCCGUGGUGGAUUAUUUCUUCGUGGAGUUGGGUGUGGAGAAGCACUUUGAGACACUCAGACAUUUCCUGUUAAUGGAGGAUGGAGAGUUUGCCCUCUCUCUCAGCGAUCAGCUCUUUGAAAAGCUGGGCAGUGGUCAGACGCCCGGUGAGCUGUUGACCCCGCUGGUGUUGAACUCCAUUCUCAAUAAGGCCUUACAGUACAGCGUUCACGGCGACAGCGAGCUGGCGGCUCACUUCACGUUUGCGUUGCGAUACCUCCCUGAGAUCUUCCAUCCUCAUGCACCAGACUCGCUGAACUGUCUCGAGCUCCGUUACAAGGUGGACUGGCCGGUGAAUAUCGUCAUCACAGACAGCUGUCUGAACAAAUACAACAGACUCUUCUCUUUCCUGCUGCAGCUCAAACACAUGGUGUGGUCCCUCCGAGACGUCUGGUUUCACCUCAAGAGAACGGGUGAGAUUUCUGCCCCACUGUCUUUUCUGCCCCUUGUUGCACACCCAUGUCAAUAUUUUUUAAGUACUGUAACAGGUCAUUCAUGGAUCCUUCAGGUGUCCUGGAGCGAGUUCACACACAAACUGAGCAGUGCCAACGACCUGGACGCCAUUCACCGCACACACGCCGAAUACCUCAACAGAGCCAUCUUCAGGGGUUUGCUGACGGAGAAAGCCGCCCCCGUCAUGAACAUCAUCCACAGCAUCUUUAGUCUGAUCCUGAAGUUCCGCGGGCAGCUGAUCGCGCAGCCGUGGGAGCUCCAGCAGGGGGAGCCGGUGCAUCCCAGUUUCAUUGCCAUGCAGCAGUCCUACAACACCUUCAAAUACUACUCCCGCUUCCUGUUCAAAGUGGUGACCAAACUGGUGGAUAAAGGUUAUCAGCCCCAUCUGGAGGACUUCUUGUUGCGGAUCAACCUCAAUAACUACUACAAAGACUCUUGAUUGUCCUGUGUGUUGAGUCCGAGUCCUCUAGACCUGCUUCAGUAUGUAUGGUGUGUGUGUAUAUAUAACCAAAGCCAAUGGCCACAAUUGCCCGUAGCUGGUUUUCAGUGACAAACUCAAAUCCAUUUGCUCAGUAUUGAUGCUGUUCAGCAUUUCCUGUUGUGAUGUGUGCACUGAUGCUUUUCUCCACAGAGGCUAGGCUAUGUGAUGUGUAAAAUAAACAGUUUAAUUUUCAGAUUUCGUUCUCACGACUCAUAAAGGAAGUUCGAAAUGGUCAGAAAGCUUUAUUAAAGUGUUUUACAUUCUGAACAGAUGUUACAUGGGUUGAAUCUAAUAGACCAGUAGCUGCUGUGCUGAACAAGCAGUCACACAUUCAUGAAUAUUUUUAUUUCUCGUCAUGCUAAAGCUCAUCGCAGGUUAAACUUCAGACGGUUACUGAGGCAUAUUAGAGUUUGAGAAACUUCAGGAUCAGUUUCACUCCAGCACAAUAAAUGUAAACAGUUCAACGUCAUUCACUAGCAAACAACUUUCAAGAACUCGGAGUUCAAGUUAAACCCUUCAGUUCACAAACGAUUGUAGAUAAAUGAGUGUUUAAUAAAGUGCUGAUCCAUCUGCUCGGAGGAGAAAAAGCCCUUCAGCACACAAAACAAAACAAAAACUAGAAAAAUGAUUUCAUUUUGUUGCCAGACUCACCCUGAGAUUAUUAGUUUUUCCACAGAAUGAAUGUUAAAAUAUAUGACGCAGUUGUUUUUCAUCUACAGGAUGUCCGAAUUUCCUAUUCGAGUUAAUCUGUUCACUGUAUUUUCUAGGUUAUUAAAUAUAAACAGACAACAGGAAGUAAACUCAAACUUGUGGUUUUAAAUGAGUGUUUUAAAAGCAAUCUAAAUUGCACGUAAAAAAAAAAAGUAGUGGAAUUUUGUUUUGCAUUCUGCUGAAUCCCAAUCUGCACAAAACAAAUGUGAAGUACCGUAUUGACCCGAAUAUAAGACGACUGAAAAAACGCGGUCGUCUUA